AUGUUGGGAGCUCCGGGCUCUGGUAAAGGAACGCUAACUUCCAGGCUCCUUAAAAAAGUGACUCAACUUAGCUCUAUCUCUACAGGAGACCUUCUUAGACAGGAAAUAGGACGCAAAUCAUCGAUGGGAAAAGUGGCUGAGGAGUACAUCAAGCAGGGUGCAUUACUUCCAGAUGAUUUCAUGGCCAAAUUUGUUACAGCUGAGCUUGGUACCAGAAACUGGCUCAACAAUAGGGCUUCUUUCCUUCUAGACGGCUUCCCCAGAACUGGGAAUCAGGCUGUGCAGCUUGAUAAUGAAUUGUUAAAACAUGAUUCCCGGAUCAAUUUGGUGGUGGAGUUGAACGUUCCUCCGGAGGUUAUUCUUGAAAGAAUAGACAACAGAUGGGUUCACGCUUCUUCAGGAAGAGUAUACAAUCUAAGCUACAACCCCCCUAAAGUUCCCUUCAAAGAUGAUAUAACUGGAGAACCCUUAACCAAGAGGUCCGACGACAACCCGGAAAUCUUUAAGGUGAGAUUAGACAAGUAUUUUGAGCAAUUGAAGUCAAUAAAGGAAUUUUAUCAGCAACAGGGUGUGUUCAGUACCGUUUCAGGUGACACUUCUGACAUUAUCUUCCCCAAAUUACUACAAUUAGUGGAGAGCAAAUUCACGUGA